CAUGCGCAACGAAAAUCAUAACAUCGCUCACUUUACCGCAGUAGGAAACAUGGCGCAGAGUUGCACUUUGUCCUCUUAAACAAACCAUGUAGCUUUCCACGGCUGCACUUAAAGAACAUAUGACCUGGUUUAUAGGUAAAGAUUACAACACUUCACGUGAGUGUCUUGCUAAUUAAAGUUAUGAUAACACGUCACUGUGAACUAGUGACCGGGCUGCACAGCACGUGCUGCUCCAGCUGCUCUGAAUAACACAGUGUGUCAGAGGAUCGUGUCCUUAAUUUUCCUGGAGAUCAAUAAACAGGACUCCUGACCUACUGUUUACACUGGCUGCACUGAUAACACAUUAUAUAAAUGAUUUUUGAACAUGAAUGAAGGAGAAGAGGCUGCUGUCAUCGGACUCUUCAGUGGGUUUACUGGAUGCAGGCUGGUUUGCACUCAGAGCCGUUAGAUGCUGCCUGAGUCCAUUUCCAACAUCCAGAUCAUGGCUGUCCACCAGAGCCUCCCUGCUGGGGCACAAGAACCUCCUGCUCAUGGGUCCUCCUGGAGCAGGGAAGACCACGGUGGGGAGGGUAGUGGCCCACAGACUGGGACUCCCUGUCAUUGACGUGGACGACGACAUCCUGGAGAAGACAUGGAAGAUGCCCGUCGCUGCCAAGCUGGCGGCUGUCGGCGGACAGCGCUUCCUGGAGGAAGAAGGCGACGCUUUGUGUAACUUCUCUGCCUCGGGGUGUGUUGUUUCCCUGACGGGCUCCAACCCUCUUCACACUGCAGCCAUGCAGCACGUCAAAGACUCCGGACUGGUCGUCUACCUGGACGUAGACUGCGAAGACAUCGUGCAGCGUCUCGCCAGGAUGAAGGUGAACAGGAUCGUGGGCCAGGAGGCAGGGGCGUCCAUGAGGGACAUCCUGCGCUACAGGAAACAGUUCUACGAGAGGUGGCUCAACGUGCGGGUGCUGUGUGGAACUGGGGACACGGUGGAGGAAGUGGCAGAGAAGGUGGUGAAAGCUGUGGAGAGAUAUCAGAACCGCGAUGCAGAAACCUACGUGUCGACCAGGACUGACCAGGGAUCGUCCAAUCAGAAAACAUACUUCAGUGAUGUGGUCAUCGAGGGUCUGGCCACAGAUGGAGGCCUCUACGUUCCCAAAAAUGGCUUCCCGAAGUUAGACGCCCGUGAAUGGCUGAGACUAGCGGACAUGUCAUACCCAGAGCGAGCGUUAGUGUUACUGGAGAAGUGCGUUCACCUGUUGGACGUCCCUCCUGUGGAUCUCAGGACAAUGAUAUUCAACGCAUAUGGGUCGAACUUUUCCAGUGAGGCAGUGGCACCGGUCAAACAUCUCACCAACAAUCAGUACGUCCAGGAGCUUUUUCACGGCCCCACCGCCUCGUUCAAAGACCUCGCCCUGCAGCUGAUGCCCCAGCUCUUCGCCUACUGCCUCCCCCAGAUGUGCAACUACCUCAUUCUCGUGGCCACAUCUGGAGACACCGGGAGCGCCGUGCUGAGCGGCUUCAGCAGGCUGAGCGGCUCUGACAGACACAGGACCGGGGUGCUGGUGUUUUUCCCGGAGGAAGGCGUGAGCGAGAUCCAGAAGCUCCAGAUGACGAGCUACAGGGAGGGCAACGCCAGAGCCGUCAGCGUCCGGUCGGACUUUGACUUCUGUCAGAGAAGCAUUAAGAGGAUGUUCGGAGAGUCUGGGCUGAGCGGGCACCUCGCUGUGGAGUACGGCACCGUCCUCAGCACCGCCAACUCCAUCAACUGGGCCCGGCUGCUGCCCCAGGUGGUGUAUCACUCCUCAGCCUAUCUGGAUCUGUGCAGAGACGGUGUUAUCAAGUUCGGGCAGCCCAUCGAUGUUUGCAUCCCCACCGGUAACUUUGGCAACGCCAUGUCGGCUGUGUACGCCAAGCAAAUGGGCAUCCCGAUAAGAAAAGUCAUCUGCGCGUCCAACCACAACCGUAUCGUCACGGACUUUAUCACCACCGGCGAGUGCGAUCUGCGGGGACGGCCUCUGAUGCCGUCCCACUCCCCGGCUAUAGAUAUCCUGAAAUCCUCCAACCUGGAGAGGUUUAUCCACCACGUCUCUGACGGAGACAGCCGUCUUGUCAGGGAGCUGUUCACACGCCUGGACGCGCAGCAGCACUUUCGGGUCCCCGGGCCUCUUGUUGGCAGGAUUCAGCGGGAGGUGCAGGCCGGCUGGUGCUCUGAGGACGACUGCUUGGCCGCCAUCCAGAGCGUUCGCACGCAGACGGGCUACGUCAUGGACACACACACCGCCGUGGCCAAAGUGGUGGCUGACAGGCUGCAGGACGGCUCGUGUCCCGUGGUGCUCUGUGCCACCGCUCACUAUGGGAAAUUUGCUCCCGCUGUGUUCGAAGCCUUAGACAUUCAAAGUAUUCCAGAGGAUCCAGUCGAGCAGCUGAAGACGCUCGCAUCAGCCGCGUCCGGACCAGAAACACACAGGGACAUGAUGCGAUGCCUGGAGGAGAGCGGCAGGCGGAGACACACCGUCUGUCAGCCAGAGUACAGCGUGCUGGUGGAGGAGGUGGAGAACAUGAUACAGGACUCCUUCUUGAAAGUGAUGUAGGAUUAUUGCAGCAUUUUCCUGAUCAAAAUUAAUUAUUUUAAAAUAAAAUAUACAAUCUAUAUGUCA